CCGCCCACCACGGAGAGGACACCGGCCCCCCCCCUGGGCCCGCCGUGCCCCUUCGAGAGGGUGGCCUGGACCCCGAGACCCCCUCAGGGCCCCCCACAGGAUUGCUUCGCCUGCAUCGCCAAGCCCCCGGCUCUCCGGCAAGCUUCGCCUGUCCUGUCUCCUUCUUCCGCCGUUUAUCUCAUGGAGAGCAAGAGCUGCAAAGGGGACAGCCUGCGGCCAGCGGUCCCAUGCAAGCACUCGAUGGAGAAGAAGACGAUGACCAACCCCACCACCGUCAUUGAAAUCUACCCUGACACCACCGAGGUGAACGACUACUAUCUCUGGUCCAUCUUCAACUUCGUAUACCUCAACUUCUGCUGCCUCGGCUUCAUUGCCUUGGCUUAUUCAUUGAAAGUCCGGGAUAAGAAACUCCUCAAUGACUUAAAUGGAGCAGUCGAAGAUGCCAAGACAGCCCGGCUUUUUAACAUCACCAGCUCAGCCCUUGCCACCUUCUGCAUCAUCCUUAUCUUCAUCUUCCUGCGAUACCCCCUCACUGACUACUAGAGUGAGGCCAACAGCAGCAGCCGCCGCCAAAAUGCCUCUAUGCCAGAAGUGUCUGCAGUUGUUUCUUGUAGCAAGGACGCAAAAAAAAAACCACACCACCAAACCCACUCCACCUUGAUUGCAAAAAAAAGCAAAAGCAAAUUAAAUACAUAAAUAAUAAUUGAGUUGUUCAGCCCAGCUGAGCAUACCCUUCCUGCCCCCAAACAGUUUGUGAACUGCUGUAGGAAAGGGUCUCACACUUACACAUGUACAGGGAGAAAAAUAGACCAAGAAAUAUUUAUUUUACGGCCAACAAGCCAUGUGACAAGAGCAUGCAAAGCCGAGAGCGACGCUCACCUGGUGGCAGAAAGCUGAGCUCUGGGGAGCAGCGGGGUCCUGCCGAGCG